AUGUCAAAGCACGCGCUAUGUCUCAAAUCAGCUCUAACGGGCUUACUGUUCUUGGCGGCAUCGAGAAGAAGAAAACGGUCAGAAUCAGGGAAAGUUGGCAGAAAAACCAUGUUCGAUUGCAGGAUGGCCCCUCUUCCCCAAGCCCCGGCUGCUUGUCCAGAUCCCAGAUCCACACAUGAGCCUCCGAGCAGACACGGGCUGAGAUGGAGCGAGGAUAGGCAAGACCGAUCAUCCCCUUCGACAAAUGCCGUUGGUUGGUGCGGUGCAGGGAUGAGCUAUGUAAUUUUUUUCUCAGGGAGGCGGCCUAACUACCAAGGCUUCGACAAUUCGUCAACGAGCCAUCCGAUUGCGAUUGUGUUGAGUCCAUCCGUCCAAGAGCUCCGCUACAUCGAAAUCCCCUCUCAGAGUGGAUAUCCCUGUGGUUUUCUUCACAUAUUGAUCCUGUGUAUCACGGGCCUCCUUGACUGGAAAUGGCGCACUAGUUUUUGCUUGCUUAUCCGUUCCUGUAAUACUCCGCGCCGUCCUACUCGCCACAGCUCCCGCAACGGUGUGCUGCAACCCAUGCAUCAACGGGAGGUUUGCUGCAUUGCCAUAUUAUUAUUGCUGUCAGCGAUCAGAACCCCACUCUACCUAUUUACAUAG